AUGACAAAAGCCUAUGAUCGAAUGUCUUGGGUACACAUUACUUCGGUUUUGCGGAAGUUUGGGUUUGGGGAAAGGUUUAUUGACAUAGUAUGGCGUCUUCUGGCAAAUGUUUGGUUCUCAGUGAUCAUCAACGGGGCGUCCCACGGAUUCUUUAAGUCUAGCAGGGGUCUUAGGCAAGGGGAUCCUCUGUCUCCUGUAUUGUUUGUUAUUGGAGCAGAGACGUUAUCCAGGGGUUUGAAUAACCUAGCUCAACAGAAGGGUUAUUUGGGGUUUCGGGUUUCGAGGGCUUGUCCCAGAGUCACGCACCUUGCUUUUGCAGAUGAUGUAAUGAUUUUUACAAAUGGGGCUACUGCGGGGUUAAAGGGCGUCAUGCACGUUUUAGGGGCAUAUCAGCAGUCCUCCGGCCAACUGGUGAAUACGCAAAAGAGUGGCUAUUUAGUUCAUCCGUCGUUGACCCCAAGCCGCAGAAGGGUUUUUGUCCACGGGGGGAAAGUUAACCUUGAUUCGGCAUGUGCUUUUGUCUGUUCCGGUCCACCUGCUCUCGGCUGCGGUGUUACCUGCUUCGCUUUUCAGAUUGGUGGAAAAGGUGUGCGCGAACUUCCUAUGGGGUGCUUCGGACGAAGGCACGAGUUUAGGGCCGGAUCAUCACUCUGGGCGAGCUUUAUGCGUGCUAAAUAUUGUCGAGACCUCCAUCCGUGCGAGGUGGAGCUGAGUCGUCACGACUCCGGCACUUGGCGGAGAAUGGCUACGGUGGCCCCAACCCUCUCCUUUACUGACUUCAUCGUUAACGGAAAGUGGAGCUCAAGUUUACUCUCCCUAGCUCUUCCCCCUGACUUAGUUCCUUCUGUUGUAUCACUCCCGAUCCCUUACGGUGGUCGAGCGGAUGAGCCCAUAUGGAGAUUGACUUCGUCUGGCGAAUUUUCAGUGGCUUCGGCUUUCGAGGAGGUUCGACAGGCUCGUUGCCCUUCUUUCGUCCAUUCUCAUCUCUGGCAUCCUCGCAUCCCGUUGAAAAUCUCUCUCUUCAUGCUGCGGUUGUUGUUGGGGAGGUUGCCACUCCCUGAUGUGUUGUGUAAAAUGGGGUUUCAGAUGAGGCCAUCUAAAUGUUGGUGCUGCCCGGAGGGAGCGUGCGAGACGGUGGAACAUGCAUUUUCUGAGGGGCAGGCGGCUAAGGAGGUGUGGUCCUAUUUUACUGGUUUGUGCGAUAUUAUGUAUGGCGGGUCGUCUUUGCGGGCGAGGGUCGUGGCUUGGUGGAUGUCGUCUCCGUGUUCAGCAUACAGGCGGCUUAUCUUCAGGUUGCUGCCGAGUUUCAUUUGCUGGCACAUUUGGAGGGCGCGGAACGCAUCGAUGUUUGAAGGGGUCCGGAUGCACUCAAAAACCAUUUGUUAA